AAUAUGAACACACGUGGCCUAAAGUAGGUGGGAUUCCACCCAUAGAUACUCAAAGAGUUCCACCUUCAGAUCUCUGCUCUCAAGUCUACCAAGUUCAAGAUCAUGUCUCGUAUGAAAAUUGAGGAGGUCAAGAGUACCACUAAAACUCAGAGGGUGGCUGCACAUAGUCAUGUCAAAGGACUAGGCCUUGACGACACUGGCACUGCGAUCCAGAUUGCUGCUGGUCUGGUUGGACAAGAACUUGCCAGAGAAGCUUGUGGAGUAGUAGUCGAUUUAAUCAAAGCUAAGAAAAUGGCAGGACGAGCUAUCCUUCUCGCCGGGCCUCCUGGAACUGGAAAAACUGCUCUCGCUCUAGCUAUCGCUCAAGAACUUGGUCCAAAAGUCCCGUUUUGCCCAAUGGUUGGUAGUGAGGUAUACUCAUCAGAAGUGAAGAAGACGGAGGUAUUAAUGGAGAACUUUAGGAGAGCAAUCGGUCUGCGAAUGAAGGAGACCAAGGAAGUGUACGAAGGCGAAGUAAUUGAACUGACCCCGUGUGAAACUGAAAACCCAAUGGGAGGAUAUGGAAAGACAAUUAGUCACGUUGUGAUUGGAUUGAAAACGUCCAAAGGCACGAAGCAACUUAAACUUGAUCCGUCGAUUUACGAGAGCUUGCAAAAGGAGAAGGUACAAGUUGGAGAUGUGAUCUACAUUGAAUCCAACAGUGGUGCUGUGAAAAGACAAGGAAGGUCUGACACCUUUGCCACCGAGUUCGAUCUUGAAGCUGAAGAGUAUGUUCCACUUCCUAAAGGAGACGUCCACAAGAAGAAAGAAGUUAUCCAAGAUGUGACUCUACACGAUCUUGAUCUUGCUAAUGCACGGCCACAAGGAGGCCAAGAUAUUAUGAGCAUGAUGGGCCAACUUCUCAAGCCAAAAAAGACAGAAAUCACUGACAAACUACGCCAGGAAAUCAACAAAGUAGUGAAUCGCUAUAUUGAUCAAGGUGUUGCAGAAUUGGUGCCUGGUGUGCUGUUUAUUGAUGAAGUCCACAUGCUUGACAUUGAGUCCUUUACAUACCUGCACAGAGCUCUCGAAUCUUCCCUCUCUCCAAUUGUCAUUUUUGCUACUAAUCGAGGUAAGUGCACUGUUCGUGGAACUGAGAUCGUGUCUCCACAUGGAAUGCCACUCGAUUUGCUCGAUCGAAUCAUGAUUGUACGCACACUGCCCUACUCACAAGAGGAUAUUGUUUCCAUUCUCAAGAUUCGAGCUCAAAUUGAGACGAUCAAGCUUAGCGAUGAAUCGUACGUGGCCUUGGGGGAAAUUGGAGUCAGGUCGACCCUUCGAUACGCAGUACAGCUGAUGACCCCGGCUAGCUUCCUUGCUCGGAUUAAUGGCAGGGAAACUAUCAACAAAGAGGAUGUUGGAGAGAUUAACGAACUGUUUUAUGAUGCCAAGUCCUCGGCAAAGCUCUUAGCUGAGCAAGAAGGAAAGUACAUGAAGUGAAGGAAGGUGAAGCGAGCUUUGACUGUUACAUUUACGCAUUCCAUUAUAUACAUUUAUUUCACUGUGUAUAUAAUUAUAUUAAAGUUUAUAAAUAAUUUAUUAUUAAUAAUUAUACAUUACCAUUAUUGUACAUGUUUGUAUUUAUAUACCUGUUCAUAUAAUUAUGUGCUACAAUUAUGAUAAUUUUAUGAACAA